AUGAAUAGGUCCAUCAUCCCAUACAGGAUGUCUGAUAAUGAACCUAGGAGUGAUUUUUACGUGGAUACGUCUCCUGAGAUCGACCAUGACGCAGGAGCUCAGACGUCCCUGCACUCAGAGACGGGGCCGGAGUACACGGGCAAUCCUCUGGAGUGUCCGUUCGGCGAUGACGACUACGACCCGACCAUCACCGGCGUCACGAACUGCUGGCACGAGGAGGAGGAGAGCCAUCUCCCGCUCCCGCUGUCGGAGGCACGGGGCGUGCUGAGCGCCUUCAACCUGCGGCACAGCGACGAGGAGGACGGCACGCCUUGCGCCGUGUGGGUGGUGUGCGCGGAGCCGGGCUCCCAGACCGUGCUGCUGUCCGGCAGCGUCCGCGACGGCUGGUGCGCCUCGGGCCGGGCGCGCUGGGCGGGGUCAGUGCCCCGGGGGGGGAUCUGCGAGGCGGCGGCCGUCGCCCAGCUCCAGCACCUGGCCGCCGCGGGCACGUCCCGCCAGGAGUUGUCGACGGAGGUGGUGUGCACCUACAACAUCCACGGGGACUCGUCGGCCGGCUCGAAGCAGUACGUCGGCCUGGAGGUCAAGUGGGCCAACACGGUGACGCUCAACGCCCCGGUGUACGACGCGGACGCGGUCGUUAUCCUGAAGGCGACGGUCGGAGAGGAAGACAGCCCCGUGCACGCGCUCUGGGCCCAGUUGAACGCCCUCGCCUCCCUCGCUGAUUGGCUGGAGGCGCCGCAGGAGGUGGCGAGGAGGGACGAUUCUCGCCUCACCACCGCCGCCGUCAGGGACAGGAUAUCCUCGGUGCUGCGCGAGGUGACGUACAAGCUUGGCGUCAGGCCGGCGGCAGCCCGAGGGGGGGAGGCGGAGGGCAGAGCCCCGGGUCUGGAGCAGCUGGCGAGGACGGUGGCCGGGGGCAGUCGCCCCAACCGGGACCUCAUGGACGUGCUGUGGCUGCUGCUCUGCGACUGUCGCGACAGUGAAGAGCUGGCACUGCACUUGUCCAUGGUCCUGAACACAAUCAAGUCUGAAGGAUGCAAGUAUAACAUCCACCCGAGCUACCGGGGCACGCGGCUGGCGCGGCUGAUCGCGGGGCUGGGCGGCGAGGGCGGCGACCGCCCGCGCGUCGCGCCGGCCGAGGCCUGCGAGCUGCUGCAGGAGGUGGGGGCGGAGAAGCUGUCGCGCGACUACUGGUUCCUGCUGCUGGAGUCGGAGCUGCUCACCGCGGACCAGCUGCAGCACAGCACCCGGCUGCCCGCCAGCGCCGGGCCGGGGGAGGAGGCGAGCGGCAGGCUGGCGCUCCUGGGCCAGCUGCACUGCGUGACGGAGCUGCUGCUGCUGGCGGGCGCGCGCCUGAGCACCACGCAUGCCGCGCUGCGCCGCCUGGGCGCCCGGGCGUGCCGCCGCCUGCUGCCGGCGCGCCGCCCCUUCCGGGAGCUGGCCCGCGGCCGGGGGGCGGCGCUCCGCUGCGGCGUUCCAGUCUCCCACGUGCAGGCCCACAUCUCCCCGCAUUUCUCCAGGUACCGCGUGAGUUUCGCAACCCGCCUGCCCUUGCGCGAAGUACAGACCACCUUCUUGUGCAGUCUGGAGCAGAUAUUCCCGAGCAACAUCAUGAGCUGCCCAGAUGAGAGUUCGUCGUCGGAGCAAGCGGAGGACACGUACUAUUGCUACGAGCUCCUGGAAAAUAAAAACAAGUUGACGUGAAGCACUCCACCGGAACACUGGUUGUGUGCGUUGACGUUCGCAGUCUCCCAGAGACGGGAACUUUCUGCAGUUGGUUGCGACUGCCACAGUCACUCUUCAUUCCAGGAAG